AAAGGGCUGGCGACCCGGAGGGGAGAGUUGGGCGCAGGAAGCCUGACAAAUAGGAAAAUACUCCAAAGUGAAGAGAAAAUUCACAAGAACUGAGCUCGGCUUUCAUUGGCUUAUACAUUUUAUUUGUAUUAAUAGCCGAUUAGUGACAGAUCAUCUCUGUAGUCUACUGUGGUGACAUUAUUAGGUUAAAGCUGGAAAAAAUGAAACAAUUAAAAAGAAAAAGAAAAAGCAAUUUUAGUGUUCAGGAAACUCAGACUCUCCUUAAAGAAAUCAGAAAAAGGAGAGACGUGCUUUUUUCAAAGCAACUUAAUACAACAAUUAAUGAGAUGAAACGGAAAGCUUGGGAGGAAAUAGCAGAGUGUGUAAAUGCUGUAGGUGAAGGAGAGCAAAGAACAGGGACAGAAGUGAAAAGGCGAUACCUAGACUGGAGAGCACUCAUGAAGAGAAAACGUCUGAAUGCAAACAUCAAAGUAGUAGGUGCUGGGUUUCACCUUCCUUCAUCCAAUUUAGAUGACUCUCUCAAUGAAGACAUGGAUGAGAAAAUUGGUUUUGCAAUUGAAUCUAGUUUUGAAUGGCAAAAUAUCACUGACUUCAGAGAAGCUGGUGGAUCUUUAACAGAAAUCAAAGUAGAAGAGGAAGAGGAGGAUCCGCAGAAUUUUGAAUUCCCUAUUGAGGAAGAAGAAGAAAUUUUGUCAUCAGUUUUGCCAGAUUCAAAAAAGGAGAAUGACCUACCAGACUUCCCUCACAUUGAAGAGUUUGGAAAUCUGAGCUCUGCACAAGCUAGGCUAGCCUAUGAAGAUUCUCACUUGCUUAUAAAUCUGGAGAAGCAGAAGGUGGAGCUGGAGAAGCAGCGACUAGAUAUUGAAGCAGAAAGGUUGCAAGUGGAGAAGGAGCGCCUGCAGAUUGAAAAGGAACGGUUGCGGCACGUCGACUUGGAGCGAGAGAGACUGCAGAUUGAGAAAGAGCGACUGCAGAUUGAGUGGGAGAAACUCAGGCUAGAGACUCUGCAUGCUGAGAAACCUGCCCUGGAGAAUGACCUCACCCAAACAGAAAAACCCAUCAUGCAGCCUCUGGAUCUAGAAACUGAGAAGUUAAAACUUGAAAAAGAACGUUUGCAGUUAGAGAAAGAGAGGCUGCAGUUCCUCAAGUUUGAGUCAGAGAAGCUGCAGAUUGAGAAGGAACGCUUGCAAGUGGAGAAGGAGCGCCUUCGAAUUCAGAGAGAGGGUCACUUGCAGUGAACAUCUUGACUGAAGUGUCAACAUUAGUAUUUUGGUGUUUGAAAAAUACAGUUAGUUCUUAAUACUGAAACUGUCCUAGAGGCUUGACAUUCUUCUGUUCAGAGUUGAAUGUUGAUGUUAAAUUGAAAAAGACAAAAAAAAGGAACGGUGCUCAAUAUGUCCGUGUGUCUGCAUAAGUGAGCUUUCGUGGGAAAUUGUUUUUCAGUGUGUCAGGACUAAAUGUUAUGUUUUCUUGUCUUCAGUAUUGUGUUGUAUUAGUUUGGUGUCCUCCCCUUAGAAUCGCUGAGAAGAAUCAAGGCUAAACCUUGUACUUUUUUCGCUGCACCAACAGUAAGGAUGGAGCAGAAUAACAUAUGUUGUGAGGGCAUAGUGCUGAUGAUAGCCCACACGGUAUAUAAGUUAGAACACAAUAGCACAGAGUAAUUAGGUGAUUGAUUCAUUAAGCUUAAUUUCCCUUUUUUGGUGUUUUCCACCCCCACAAUUGGAAAAAGUGUUUAAGAACUAUUGAAAAGUUAAAGUACAAGUUGAAUUCACUGCAGUUGUAUUUACAGUUGUUCCAUGGCAUGAACUGAAUGGCAGUGCAGAAAAUAGUAUUCUUUCUUUUGCAUGAAGUGUUACUACUAGAUAAAGUUACAGAUCAGCCAUAUCUACUAUAAGCUGGACUGUUGGUUUCACCAGGUCAUUAGUAAUGUAUAGCACCUGUCUUAAUGUAGGACAGGGACUUACUGACUGAUCACGCACACUGUCUGGUGGGUCUGGGAUGGCUCCCUGAAUUGACAGACUUGGUUUGUUCCUUGAAAGACAGUAGCUGGGAAUCUUCAGGAGUGGAGAGACAGAGGCUGAGCAGACUAAGGAGCACCAAGCUUGAACACUAACACUCCUCUGCUUGGCCAGCACUGAGGUCAUGUCUGUGGGCAGCCAGAAGCGGCUUCUGUGGCUGACCUCAUAUACUAUGUUUUAAUUAGACAAAUGGAUAUGGUCAGUGCUGAAGGCUCUCAGUAUUUUUCAUAAGCAAUUAAUUCAUUUAAAAUAAUAAUUACCAAAAAAAGUUUUCUAUUAUUUCAUAUAUGUUUAAAUCCCAGCUGAGCCAGGCUUCAUAUUUCUUAUCUUUCUGCAAGUAACUAUCCUUUGUUGACUCCAUCUUGAAACUUCGGAUUAUGAGAAUAGUGGGUCUGAAUAUAUGUUGAGUGACUUACAUGGAUUCUUGUGCAAGUAAAUAUAUUUAUACCACUACAGGAUUACUUUUAUUCUGCAAAUAAAAUGUUAUUUUUUUAUUACUGAAACAAGUGUGCUUCUACAGUGGAAAUAAAUUUGACUAAAACAAUCAAAAA